AUGGCAGGCGGCACGGAAUCCCCAGGGAGCGGAAAUCUCCCCAGCCGGGCACAGAAGGCACCCAAAAAUUCGCGGCUCUACGAAGCCGCACAAUCAAGGCUGGAGAAGGCAACAUCCGUAUUUCCGCCAUCGAUUCUAGUGAUGCAAGCGCACUGCCUUAAAUGCCAAUUCCUCCUAGCAGUCAAUAUUUUCAACAGCGCUUGGCUGGCAGUAGGGACUGCUGUCCGCCUUGGUCAGAUAGUUGGUUUCCAUAAAGCCAAAGCUACGGCUUCCACUGGUCUAGAUGAGUUCACCCGCAGGGGUGUGUUUUGGUCAUUGCUAAUAGAAGUAUUGAGAUAUCUCUCUGCCGCUCUUGGACGCCCAAUGAUGAUAACUGACGACGACAUCACGAUACCAUACCCAGAGGCUGCGCUGUCAUCCUCGGAUAGAAUGGACGGUCCUCAUGAAGCCAAGACCGUCCCCGGAAUCGUUGCACACAUAAAACUUGCUCGGAUCACAACGCAAGUACUUAGGAAGCUUUAUGGCUCGAAGAAGCACGAUAAGGUCGCCCGGAAUGAGUCGGUUUCCCAAAUCGAAGCACAGCUCAGCCAGUGGUUAGAUGAAACCCCGGGAUUCUUCAACCCGCAAGAGCAAUUCGGCCAGAAGGAAAGCGAAGUCUUUUAUGAUGUCCCCUGGAUAUUCAAGAGGCAACAACGCACUAUUCGUGCUGCUUUCUCCUUCACGUGCAUGCAACUAUACCGAGGGUACUUGUUGGACGAGUUUCUUCAGGCAAAUUUUCAUGAUCGGCCCGCUUUAACCCCAGAGCCACCGGUACGGAAAUGCAUACAGGCUGCGUUGCAAAUGGCGUUGUUUGCUGCAGAGAUCAAAGAAGAUGCUACAUACAACUCAGUCUUUUGGACAACAUCUUACUUUACCUUCUGCGCUAUCUCCAUCUUAACAGUAUAUCUUACCUUAUACCCGGAGAUCGAAAACCGUGCCGCUAUUGAGAGCGUCCUGGAGGAGGCGAUAGAGGGCCAUCGAAAGCUUGACAAUAGCAUGAAUAAACAUUCUCAAAAAUUACUAGAAAAUACCAGGGCUAUUGCGCAGCGGGCAUUUAGAUCAUCCAGGACCAGGCUAAGAUCUUCGGCUGACAAUAAUAGAACAACUAUUGUACCCAGUGAUGCAAAUGCAUCCGUUGCCGUGGAACAACAAAAUCCGCCAUCAGACUCUGUCCACCCACGGUUAGAUCCACGGGAAGCAUGGGAGGAUACCCAAGGCGCAGUAAACAACAUUGAAGAAGGCCCGGCCCCUGAUGUGUUUGAGCUUGCAGACAUCGUCAAUGGUGAUGACCUAGAUUUCAUCAUGGAUCUUGGCUUUGAUGCCUCACCAUUCAAUCAUCUCGACCCACUUCAAUAUUUCGUUGCCAAUAGGCCGUCAAGGCCAGGGCCGCAGGCGUGA